GAUGUGUACUCGGCUACAGGCAGAGGCUCGUGCCUGGGCUGUGGCAGCUGGCAAACAGGGUCUCCAUCCUCCUGGGAGGGUGCAGCUGGCGGGGUUGUGGGAGGGAGCGGGUGCCCAGACCUUGCUCCACUGGGGCGUGGCUACUCCCACCCAGGUAAGGACGCUAAAUCCUGGGCCCGGAGAAGGAAACGUGCGUGCAUGCGUGCGUGAGACCGGGGCUCCCGGGUUCAGCCUUGCAGUCGGGAGCUAGUCCCCGGAUCCGUGCAGAGAAUGCGGCACUUUCUGGGGACCAGCUGGGCUGCCCACCGUUGCGGCAGUGAUCCGAGAGGAAGGGACAAGGGGUGCGGCGCCCAUCUACCUGGGCGGAGGACAGGGUGAGGCACCAGGUAGGAUGGGGCUCCGCCUCCUGCUACCUGCGCGGCCUGAAGGGCGGAGGCUGUGCGUCUUGGAACCGUGCCUCUCUUUCUCUGUCUGUCUCUCCCUCUCUCUGUCCGGGUCUGCAAGCCCUCAGCCUCCUUAGUCUGUUGCAGGAAGGAAGCCUAGAGGGGAGGGCUACGGAGUUGGGGCUGCUGACCAUCAAGCGCCGCCGAUGAAGGCUCUAUUUUGGGACUGGAAGCUCAGACUAAAAGAAUCCGUUUGUACCACCAGCAAGGAGCUCAGCCAUGUGGACCCCCAGCCGCAGGCAGCUCUGCCUGGCCUUCUUGCUGGUCUGUGUGCUCUCUGCCGGUUCCCUCUUUUUCCACCUGCGUGGAGGAAACUUCUUUCGAAAUGAGCUAACUCUCUCUCUCCUGUGUCCGGACUACCACCUGCUGAAGUCCCCAGUGGCCAUGGUAUGCCUGCCGCGCCCAUUGCAGACAGUCAACACCUCCUCUUCCUGUCCCGAACAAGUCUCCUCACUCCCUGGGACUUGGACCAUCUCCCCAGGAGGCAGGUUUGGUAACCAGAUGGGGCAGUACGCCACAUUGCUGGCCCUGGCCCAGCUCAAUGGCCGCCGAGCUUUCAUUCAGCCUGAGAUGCAUGCCACCCUGGCCCCAGUGUUCCGCAUCUCCCUGCCCGUGCUGGACCCUGAGGUGGACAGCCUGACGCCUUGGCAGCAUUUAGUCCUACAUGACUGGAUGUCAGAGGAGUACUCCCGUCUGGAGGACCCCUUUCUCAAGCUGUCCGGUUUCCCUUGCUCUUGGACCUUCUUCCACCAUCUCCGGGAACAGAUCCGCAGGGAGUUCACCCUGCAUGACCACCUUCGGGAAGGUGCCCAGCACCUGCUGAGUGGGCUCCGCCUAGGCCCCCGGGGCAUCCGCCCUCACACCUUUGUGGGUGUACACGUGCGUCGUGGAGACUAUCUGCAGGUGAUGCCCGAUCGCUGGAAGGGUGUGGUGGGGGACCGAGCUUACCUCCAGCAAGCCAUGGACUGGUUCCGCGCCCGACACAAAGAUCCCAUCUUUGUGGUCACCAGCAAUGGCAUGAAAUGGUGUCUGGAGAAUAUUGACACAUCCCGUGGUGACGUGGUCUUCGCGGGCAAUGGGCAGGAGAGCACGCCGGGGAAAGAUUUUGCGCUGCUCACGCAGUGCAACCACACGAUCAUGACCAUCGGGACCUUCGGCUUCUGGGCGGCCUACUUAGCUGGUGGAGACACUGUCUACCUGGCGAACUUCACCCUGCCAGACUCGGAGUUUCUGAAGAUCUUCAGGCCGAAGGCUGCCUUCCUGCCUGAGUGGGUGGGCAUUAAUGCAGACCUGUCCACCCUGCAGGCUCAGAUUGACCCUUGGAAGUCAGACGGUCUUUUAAGAUUGGUCUGAACCACCUAGCGUCAGCCAUCAUGUCUCUAGAAGCCUGUGUCUUCGGGAUUUGUCUGUGGUAGUCCACGAGCUGGUGGGACUCUGGAAAUGUGGGAAUGCUCUAGAAAUAUUCCGACAGAACCUCACUGUCUGAUGGCUCUGGAGUCCAAGUUGGCCCUGUGAGCCACAGUCCUCUUCUCGCCCACCCAGCUCACCUUCUUAGAACUUCUGGAUUAUGGGAGUGAAGGAACACCUGACACAUGACACACAGCUGGCUUUCGGGGCUCCUGGAGCCAUUCUCGGGGGGCAUGGUGGCUGCUUCCAAGGGCCCUGCCAGCGCUCUAGGUAGUGAAGAAUUGAGUGAAGGUGAGAACUCCGUAUCUCGCCACUGCUGCUGCUACAGACAUGGAGUGAUGCAGGAGGCCCUGCCAGGAGCUAGCGUCGGCUUAGAAAGACGAGAACGACUUCAGCAGAUCUGAGUUCUGUCCAACUCCUGGGUCACAGAAAAACCUUCCAGACUUUUAUUUAGGGUGGAGAGAGGAAAUGGGCUAAAAUGUGGGAGCGAGGGGAGAAGGGGCCACCGCUGCGGGGCCAUGCUCCUGAGGGGCUGGGCUUGCAGAAACAGAGUCUCCUAAAA